GUUUCAGAUAUAAUUCACACUUUAAAUCGAACACAGUAUAUACUAGUAAUAUUUAUUUAUUGAAAUGUCGAAAUUUUUGUUAACUUAUAUAGUCACGUGCUGGCCUUUGCAGCUGCAAAAACUAGGCAGUAACUUUAUCCUCUUUCGAGGUGCCAAGUACUCCCUUGGCACUAUCGCAAAUAGGCGCUACACAAACUUCUCUCCUGAGCUGGAACAGACCCUGCAGUCGGAGAACAAUUAUCAGAGCAUCAAAAAACUCUCAAAGUAUGCCGCCCCCCACAUUAAAUGGCAUCGCGAACAGGGGAAUACAGAUCUGCAAUAUUUCAACUAUUUGUUGCUGGAUCCCCGCGUAACAAACAAGCUUGCGAAUCGGGCCCCAGGAAUGCACUGCAUUGAUGUCUGGUUCACUUUCCUAAGAGCUAUUUUCUAUGUAGGCAAGGGCAAGGGCAUCCGUCCAUUUGUCCACUUUCUGCAAGCCGAGAAACUUCUUGGCACACCUGACAGCAUCAAGCAGGCCAAGGAUCCGAAACUAGCGUUAAUUUUGUCCAUUUGGGAGCAGAAACGCGGCAUCCUGCUGAUUCGUGGCUUUCGCGGCAUAUCCUCCGCGGAUGCGCAAACCCGCGAGGCCUCCAUGAUUAAUGCCCUGGGCAUGAACCAUUUGACAAAUCGACGAGUGGGUGUUUUUUUCGGUCCGGCUAAGAACAAAUAUACACCAACGCAGAGGAUGCUUCUGGGAAUCGCUUUACUCUAUAAGCUGAUGUCUAAGUUCAUUGCAAAAGAAGAGCGGGAAAUUUAUCCUCAGAUAUCUGUGGAUCCAGUUGCAAAGGCAGCCUAAUAUACACAUAUAAAUUGCGAUUAAUACUAAGAAAUGUCUUUGCCAUUAGCGAGCGUCUGAGUCUUCCCUGCACGCCGAACCUGGAUCGUGACGGAAAAUACGACUUCUCGCACGUCCUGGACUUCUGC